GGACUUUCCCUACCUAACCCAACACAGCCAUCCAAGCCAGGAAAUUGACAUUGUUGCGUGACCUCCUCAUCCUCAGACACCCCUGAAGUUUGGCCAGUUGUCCUCAUGGCGUCCUUUGGGGGUGUGGAAAGAAUCCAGUUCAGAAUCAGCCGUGGCAUUUGGUUGUCAUGUCUCCUUCGUCUCCUUCUGUCUGGAAAUCUCCUCAACCUUUCCUUGACUUUCGUGACCUUGUCACUUUGGACUAUUAUGAGCCACUUAAUUUGUGGACUGUCCCUCCCCUGGGUUGGUCUGAUGCUUCCUCAUGACUGGAUUCAGCUUGUGUCUCUUUGGCAGGAGUAUCGCAGAGGUGACGUUCUGUUCUCAUCCCCUCCGUGGCACACAGUCUCCACUCAUCCUGUUACUGGUGACGUUAGCUUUGAUCACUUGAUUAAAGUGGAGUGUGCCGGGGAAAGUUGCUUUUUCCCCUUUGUGAUUUAUAAGCGUGGCGUGGGGAGGUGCUUUGAGACUCGUAAAUACUCUGUUCCUCAUCAGACUUUGACUGUAUUCACUUAUCUCACAUGUCAGUAUGGACUCAUUUAAGCCAUUACUACCAUUAUGUAUUUUGAUGCUCAGAUCUUCCCAGAUCUGAGGAGCCCCUUCAAGCUGGCUCCUGUGUCCUCUUGUCUGUCUGUCCCCCUUUGAUUCUCUGGUUCCCUUUAUAGUCUCUGUGUGUUUCUAUCUAAUCUCUCUCAUUCUCUGUGUGUGCUUGUUUGUCUCUGUCUUUGUCUCUGCCUUUAUCUUGGUCCUCUUUUUUUUCUUCUCUGUCUGACUGUUGCUGUUCCCUGUCUUUCUCUGUCUUCUCUCUCUGUCUCUCUUUGUCUUUCUCUCUCGUCUCUGUCUCUGACUCUUUCUGUCUCUCUCUCCCCCUCUACUUCUCGCUCUAUCUCUUUGCCUCCUUCCCUACUGGCUUUCUCUCUUAUUUUCUCCGUUUUUCUCUCCGUGCCUCUCAUGGGUCUGUCUCUUUUGCCCAGGACUCACCACUACAGGAUCUUCAGCUGGGAGUCCUGGACAUGCUGGGUUUGUGGGAUGCUGCCACCCGUCCUCUGAACACGCAGAGUGGGGAGGCUUGGACCAGGGUAGUAGGAGGGGGACUUGGAGGAGAACCUUCUCCCUGGUCUGUGAUCAUGUCUGUGUGUGUCCAUGCAUGUGCAGAGGGCAUUGGAAAGCUCUGUACCUUUGGGGGGUGGGGCGCGGGGCUGCAGGCGGAGAAGCGUCAGUGUCUGUGCUCUGCUUCCCCCUGCUGCUGGAGCCGGGAAAUGAAUCCAGUUAUAGGUACCAGGGUGAGGCGCCUCGGAGAGGAAUGGUGCCUGCAGGCAGGGCAGGACUUCCCGGGGAGUCCUCUGAAUGGGGAGCCUUCCCAGCAUGUGCCUGGGCUGGGGGCUGCGGGUGGGAAGAGGGUGGUCCUAAGCAGCGUGGAUGCAGGACUUUGCGGCUUAGACUGUGUUCAGAUGUGUGGUCACAAGCGGUGUGGGGCCCAACCUCAGGGUGUCUGGAGGGGGCAACUGAGGCCCCUGUUAGUGGUGGGGUGGUGGCUAGCCAGACACGGAGAAGGCUUGGACUGCCAGCCCGCCUCUCAUCCUAUGUGUGUGGUGGUGUAGUUUUUCUAACAUCUUUAUUGGAGUAUAAUUGCUUUACAAUGUUGUGUUAGUUUCUGCGGUAUAACAAAGUGAAUCAGCUAUACAUAUACUUAUAUCCCCAUAUCCCCUCCCUCUUGUGUCUCCCUCCCACCCUCCCUAUCCCACCCCUCUAGGUGGUCACAAGGCACCGAGCUCAUCUCCCUGUGCUAUGCAGCUGCUUCCCACUAGCUAUCUGUUUUGCAUUUGGGAGUUUAUAUAUGUCCAUGCCACUCUCUCACUUCGUCCCAGCUUACCCUUCUGCCUCCCUGUGUCCUUAAGUCCAUUCUCUACGCCUGCGUCUUUAUUCCUGUCCUGCCCCUGGGUUCUUCAGUACCAUUUUUUUUUUUGAGAUUCCACAUAUAUGUGCUAGCAUAUGGUAUUUGUUUUUCUCUUUCUGACUUACUUCACUCUGUAUGACAGACUCUAGAUCCAUCCAACUCACUACAAAUAACUCAAUUUCAUUUCUUUUUAUGGCUGAGUAAUAUUCCAUUGUAUAUUUGUGCCACAUCUUCUUUAUCCGUUCAUCUGUCGAUGGUUACUUAGGUUGCUUCCGUGCCCUGGCUAUUGUAAAUAGAGCUGCAAUGAACAUUGUGGUACAUGACUCUUUGAAUUAUGGUUUUCUCAGGGUAUAUACCCAGUAGUGGGAUUGCUGGGUCAUAUGGUAGUUCUAUUUUAGUUUUUUUUUUUUUUUUUUUUUUUUUUUUUUUUUUUGCGGUACGCGGGCCUGUCACUGCUGUGGCCUCUCCCAUCGUGGAGCACAGGCUCCGGACGCGCAGGCUCAGCGGCCAUGGCUCAUGGGCCCAGCUGCUCCGCGGCAUGUGGGAUCUUCCUGGACCGGGGCACGAACCCGUGUCCCCUGCAUCGGCAGUCGGACUCUCAACCACUGCGCCACCAGGGAAGCCCUGGUGGUGUAGUUUUAAAAAGGAUAUUUAACCUAUUGAUAUUUUCCUAAUGUAAAGAAUAGUAAAUAAAAAUAAAGAUGGAAGAAGCCUUCUGGGCUGGAGCACGGGGUGGUAGUGAGGGUGAGAGAGAGAAAACUGCGGGGCAUGGCACUCGGGGACAUGGGUAAAAGGUCGAGGGCCAUCAGCAGUAGGAUGGAUGAAUGAGUCAGUUGCAUGCACACGGUGGAGUACUAUGCAGCAGCAAAAAGGAGGGAGCUGCUGCUAUGUGAGCACAGGGAUGAAUCUCCCACAUUCUUGCUGAGUCAGAGAAGCAGACACAGGAGUAUAUACUGUAUAAUUCCAUUCAUAUGAGGCUGAAAAACCUGUCAAAAUGGAUCUUUGGUGAUAGAAGUCACAGUAGUAUUCACCUUGGGGUGAUAUUGACUGGGACGGCCACGAGGGAGCCUCCUGGGAUGUGGGUCCAUGGGGCAUACAUGUGUCAAACUGUAUUGAGCGAUACAUUUAAAAUGAGUGCACUUUGCUAAUAAACUAAAUCAGAAAAGUGAUUAAGAAUCCAUGGAGGGGGCUGGGGUUUUCGACUGUUGUCUGACCCCACCUCUGACUGGGAGUCUGGGUCGCACCCACAGCUUUCUCUUUCCCUGGGCACCUCCUCCCAUAAAUGGGCUUGGGCCUUUCACAGCUGAAGGGCUCUCACCUCUCCUUUCCCCCAGUGCUUGCCGGCUUCUCCCCUGGUCCCCUGGCUCUUUCCCGAGGAGCCCGGCCUGAUCACUCUGCCUCUCCUCCCACAGCCAGAGGACCUGGAGGCCCCCAAGACUCACCACUUCAAGGUGAAGACCUUCAAGAAGGUGAAGCCCUGUGGGAUCUGCCGACAGGUCAUCACCCGGGAGGGUUGCACCUGCAAAGGUGGCUGCUCCCUGCGUUCCUCCAUCCAGCCAUGAACUGGUGCCCGUCAACACUGAAACUGCUCCAAAGAAUGUAGUGGACACGGGAGAAGGAGCCUUCCGGGGUGGAAACACACGGAAAAGCCUUGAGGAAGAUAGCUCCACCAGAGUCACGCCAAGUGUCCAGCCCCAUCCCCAGCCCAUCAGAAACAUGAGUGUGAGCCGGGCCGCGGAGGACAGCUGUGAGCUGGACCUGGUGUAUGUCACUGAGAGGAUCAUCGCCGUCUCCUUCCCCAGCACAGCCAAUGAGGAGAACUUCCGGAGCAACCUCCGUGAGGUGGCCCAGAUGCUCAAGUCCAAACAUGGAGGCAACUACCUGCUUUUCAACCUCUCUGAGCGGAGACCUGACAUCACGAAGCUCCACGCCAAGGUACUGGAAUUUGGCUGGCCCGACCUCCACACCCCAGCCCUGGAGAAGAUCUGCAGUGUCUGCAAGGCCAUGGACACUUGGCUCAACGCAGAUCCCCACAAUGUUGUCGUUUUACACAACAAGGGAAACCGAGGCAGGAUAGGUGUUGUGAUCGCGGCUUACAUGCACUACAGCAACAUUUCUGCCAGUGCCGACCAGGCCCUGGACCGCUUUGCAAUGAAGCGGUUCUACGAGGAUAAGAUUGUACCCAUUGGCCAGCCAUCCCAGAGGAGGUACGUGCAUUAUUUCAGCGGCCUGCUCUCUGGCUCCAUCAAAAUGAACAACAAGCCCUUGUUUCUGCACCACGUGAUCAUGCACGGCAUCCCCAACUUUGAGUCUAAAGGAGGGUGUCGGCCAUUUCUCCGGAUCUACCAGGCCAUGCAACCUGUUUACACUUCUGGUAUCUACAACGUCCAGGGAGACAGCCAGACCAGCAUCUGCAUCACCAUCGAGCCUGGGCUGCUCUUGAAGGGAGACAUCUUGCUGAAGUGUUACCACAAGAAGUUCCGGAGCCCAGCCCGAGACGUCAUCUUCCGCGUGCAGUUCCAUACCUGCGCCAUCCAUGACCUGGGGGUUGUCUUUGGGAAGGAGGACCUCGAUGAUGCCUUCAAAGAUGAUCGAUUUCCAGAAUAUGGCAAAGUUGAAUUUGUGUUUUCCUAUGGACCAGAGAAAAUUCAAGGCAUGGAACACCUGGAGAACGGGCCGAGCGUGUCCGUGGACUAUAACACCUCCGACCCCCUCAUCCGCUGGGAUUCCUAUGACAACUUCAAUGGGCAUCAAGAUGAUGGCAUGGAGGAGGUUGUGGGCCACACGCAGGGACCCCUGGACGGGAGCCUGUACGCCAAGGUGAAGAAGAAGGACUCCCUGCACGGCAGCACCGGGGCCGUCAACGCCACACGGCCCGCUCUGUCGGCUACCCCCAACCACGUGGAGCACACCCUCUCCGUGAGCAGCGACUCGGGCAACUCCACAGCCUCCACCAAGACAGACAAGACCGAUGAGCCUGCCCCCGGCCCCUCCAGCGCCCCUGCUUCCCUGAGUCCCGAGGAGAAGCGUGAGCUGGACCGCCUGCUCAGCGGCUUUGGCUUGGAGCGAGAGAAGCAAGGCACCAUGUACCACACGCAGCAUCUCCGGUCCCGCCUGGCGGGGGGCCCGGCUGCUCCCUCCUCCGGCCGCCAUGUCGUCCCGGCCCAGGUUCACGUCAAUGGCAGGGCCUUGGCAUCUGAGCGGGAGACAGACAUCCUGGAUGAUGAGCUGCCCAACCAGGAUGGGCACAGCGUGGGCAGCAUGGGCACACUGUCCUCCCUGGAUGGGGUCACUAACACCAGUGAGGGGGGCUACCCGGAGGCCCUGUCUCCACUGACCAACGGUCUGGACAAGCCCUACCCCAUGGAACCUAUAGUCAAUGGUGGGGGAUACCCCUAUGAGUCUGCCAGCCGGGCAGUGCCUGCCCAAGCUGGCCACCCUGCCCCCAUGCGACCCUCCUACUCUGCACAGGAGAGUUUAGCUGGCUACCAGCGGGAGGGGCCCCACCCAGCCUGGCCACAGUCAAUGACCACCUCCCACUAUGGCCAUGACCCCAGCGGUAUGUUCCGCUCUCAGUCCUUUCCGGAAACCAAGCCCCAGCUGCCCCCAGCUCCAGCCCGGGGCGGGAGCAGCCGGGAGGCUGUGCAGAGGGGCCUGAAUUCCUGGCAGCCUCAGCCACCUCCUCGCCAGCAGGAAAGAGCCCACUUGGAGAGCCUCGGGCUCAGCAGGCCCAGUCCCCAGCCAUUGGCAGAGCCCCCCAUGCCUGGCCUUCCCGAGUUCCCGCGGGCGGCCUCCCAGCAGGAGAUCGAGCAGUCCAUCGAAGCCCUCAAUAUGCUGAUGCUGGACCUGGAGCCAGCCACGGCGGCCGCCCCACUGCACAAGUCCCAGAGUGUCCCUGGGGCCUGGCCCGGCGCUUCCCCGCUCUCCUCCCAGCCCCUCUCUGGCUCUUCCUCCCAGUCCCAUCCACUGACCCAGUCCAGAUCUGGCUACAUCCCCAGUGGGCAUUCCUUGGGCACCCCUGAGCCUGCUCCCCGGGCCUCCCUGGAGUCUGUCCCUCCUGGCAGGCCUUACUCACCUUAUGAUUAUCAGCCGUGUCUAACGGGGCCCAACCAGAGUUACCGUCCAAAGAGCCCAGCUGCCUCCUCCUCGUCUGCCUUCCUUCCAAACACCCAGAGCUCUCCGGGGCCUCAGCUGCCCCCAGUCUCUCUCCCUGGCCUCACCACUCAGCCUCAGCUUCCACCGAAGGAGGUGACUUCAGACCCAUCCCGAACCCCAGAGGAGGAGCCAUUGAACCUGGAGGGGCUUGUGGCCCACCGGGUAGCAGCGUACAAUGCCAGGCUGCAGGGCACUGGGCAGAGUGUCGGCUCCGGGCACCCUCCUCUCCACCGGCUCCGAUCUUCCUCUCUCUCUGGUGGCCUCCCGGAUCCCCUCCCUUCUGGAGCCCCAGGCAAGCAGUCGGACACCCAGCCCCGCCACCUGGAGCUGAGGAAUCCAGUUUUUUGGAAAUUGGAAGGCUGGAAAGAAGAGCUGGGGGUGCAAGCUCGGGAGAAGCAGCCUGCAGAGCCCCCAGCACCUCUCCGGAGGCGGGCAGCCAGCGAUGGGCAGUACGAGAACCAGUCGCCAGAACCUGCAUCGCCCCGUAGUCCUGGGGUUCGCUCCCCUGUCCAGUGUGUCUCCCCAGAGCUGGCUCUCACCAUCGCUCUCAAUCCUGGAGGGCGGCCCAAAGAGCCCCAUCUGCACAGCUACAAGGAGGCCUUUGAGGAGAUGGAGAGAACCUCCCCGACCAGCCCACCGUCCAGUGGGGUGCGCUCCCCUCCAGGUCUGGCCAAGACACCUCUGUCUGCUCUGGGCCUGAAGCCCCAUAACCCAGCCAGCAUCCUGCUGCACCCCACCGGCGACGAGGAUGAGGGGAAGGUGGUGAGAGAGCUUUCUGAAGAGCCCCGGAGCUAUGUGGAGUCGGUGGUGCGGACGGCAGUGGCUGGUCCCCGGACUCAGGAUCCUGAGCCCAAGAGCUUUAGCGCCCCGGUUGCCCAGGCCUAUGGCCGCGAGACACCCCUGAGGAACGGGACCCUGGGAGGCUCCUUUGUCUCCCCCAGCCCCCUUUCCACCAGCAGCCCCAUCCUCAGCGCUGACAGCACUUCAGUGGGGAGUUUCCCAUCAGGGGAGAGCAGCGACCAGGGCCCGCGGACACCCACCCAGCCUCUGCUGGAUUCUGGCUUCCGCUCUGGCAGCCUGGGCCAGCCCAGCCCUUCGGCUCAGAGAAGCUACCAGAGCUCUUCUCCUCUCCCGACUGCGGGCAGCAUCUACAGCAGCCCCGACUACUCACUUCAGCCGUUCAGCUCCCUGGAAAGCCAGGCCCGGUCUCAGUUCGGUGUGGCGGGUGUCCACAUGGUACCUGGGAGCCCUCAGGCACGGCACAGGACAGUGGGCACCAACACUCCCUCUAGUCCUGGCUUUGUCCGCCGGGCCGUGAAUCCCGCCAUGGCUGCCCCCAGCAGCCCCAGUUUGACCCACCGCCAGGUGAUGGAUCCACCCGGAACUGGUUUCCAUGGUAACACGGUCUCCAGCCCCCAGAGCAGUGCAGCAACCACUCCGGGAAGCCCCAGCCUGGGUCGGCACCCUGGGGCCCACCAGGUUUCAAGCCUCCAUGGCAAUGUGGCCACCACUCCAGGGAGCCCCAGCCUGGGCCGGCACCCUGGGGCCCACCAAGGCAACCUGGCCUCCAGUCUCCAUGGCAACACAGUAGCCAGCCCCGGAAGCCCCAGCCUGGGCCGUCACCUGGGAGGGUCUGGAUCUGUGGUUUCCGGCAGCCCCAGCUUGGACCAGCAGGUGGCCUAUGGUGGCUACUCCACGCCUGAGGACCGGAGACCCACGUUGUCCCGACAGAGCAGCGCCUCGGGCUACCAGGCCCCUUCCACGCCCUCCUUUCCUGUGUCCCCUGCCUACUACCCCGGCCUGAGCAACCCCGCCGCCUCCCCCUCGCCAGAUUCAGCAGCCUUCCGGCAAGGGAGCCCGACCCCGGCCUUGCCAGAGAAGAGGAGGAUGUCCAUGGGAGACCGAGCGGGCAGCCUCCCCAACUAUGCCACCGUCAACGGGAAGGUGUCCUCCUCGCCUGUCGCCAGCGGCAUGUCCAGUCCCAGCGGGGGCAGCGCCGUCUCCUUCUCCCACACUCUGCCCGACUUCUCCAAGUACUCCAUGCCAGACAACAGCCCUGAGACGCGGGCGAAAGUGAAAUUUGUCCAGGACACUUCCAAGUAUUGGUACAAGCCCGAGAUCUCCAGAGAGCAGGCCAUAGCCCUCCUUAAGGACCAGGAGCCAGGGGCUUUCAUCAUCCGAGACAGCCACUCCUUCCGAGGAGCCUAUGGGCUGGCCAUGAAGGUGUCUUCGCCCCCUCCGACCAUCAUGCAGCAGAAUAAAAAAGGGGACAUGACCCAUGAGCUCGUGAGGCAUUUCCUGAUAGAGACGAGCCCCAGAGGAGUCAAGCUCAAGGGCUGCCCCAACGAGCCAAACUUCGGAUCUCUGUCUGCCCUGGUCUACCAGCACUCCAUCAUCCCGCUGGCUCUGCCCUGUAAGCUGGUCAUUCCAAACCGAGACCCCACAGAUGAAUCAAAAGAUAGCUCGGGCCCUGCCAACUCAACCACUGACCUGCUGAAGCAAGGGGCAGCCUGCAACGUGCUCUUCAUAAACUCUGUGGACAUGGAGUCACUCACUGGGCCACAGGCCAUCUCCAAAGCCACUUCUGAGACACUGGCUACUGACCCCACGCCGGCUGCCACCAUCGUCCACUUCAAAGUUUCUGCCCAGGGAAUCACACUGACUGACAACCAGAGAAAGCUCUUCUUCAGACGCCACUACCCCCUCAACACCAUCACCUUCUGUGACCUGGAUCCACAGGAGAGGAAGUGGAUGAAGACGGAGGGAGGUUCCCCUGCUAAGCUCUUCGGCUUUGUGGCCCGGAAACAGGGCAGCACCACGGACAACGCCUGCCACCUCUUUGCUGAGCUUGACCCCAACCAGCCGGCCUCCGCCAUCGUCAACUUUGUCUCCAAGGUCAUGCUGAGUGCCGGCCAGAAGAGAUGAACUCCCCCCUCCCCUUGCCCGGGGCCGGGGCAGUGGGGAUGGGUAUGUGGGGAAGGGACCUGUGCAUCCUGACCAUCCUUGAAUCCAGAAGGAGGACUUUGGGCCAAUUUUGGAGAAGGAGAGAAGAAAGUGUCAUGUGGGGAGAGGGAAGUGAAUUGAGCGGGGAGGGGGAGAGAGAGAGAAAGAAGGAAAAAGAUGGAGGAGAAUAACUCGGAUUCCCCCGGGGAGAUGGAUACUGCAAAACCCCCAGAGCCUCCAAAACUAACCAGGUCCACCUAACUCCCCCUCCACCCUCCGAGAGGAUGGAACUCCUCAAGAAAGGCAGAAUGAACCUCUCUGGAGAUCCACAUUUUGGGGGGAAAUGGAAAUGCUCUUUCUUCCUAACCCAACUGCUUUGCAAGGAGAAGAAAUCUUGUCAAGAGAAUCUUUUUCUGUCCACCUCUAGGGUAGAUCACCAAACCAAAAAGAGCCACCAUGAGACAUCCAGUGGCGGAACUUUUGCUUUUGAAAGUAUCUCGGACCUGAGGCCCCUAAGGUCUCUUUGCUCUGCCUCUGAUGUACAGUUUGUGGGUGUCUUUAUGGGGUGUAUAUAUGGCCACACCCACAUCCUCACACACUGAUUUCUGUUUGCCUCUCAGCUUGAAGUAGAAACAGGUAUACUUGUCCGUGUCCCCUGUGUUUGCACACACAAGUGCAUACUGUCCAAAGAAAGUUAGAGUCGGGGGUGACAGGGCAGCAGGGAGUGGGCAUAAGCCCCCUUCCCCAGGAACACCCAGGAUUGUGGGUAAUGGACACUCUCUUGGUCCCUGCACCUGCUCUAACAGCCUUGGGUGCCGCCAACCCCUUCUCCUCGACGGAGACCCCCACGGAGUGGGUCUGGCCACGCUGCAACGUUACCCCUGAUCUGCCUCCACCAGGAAGCUGGAGCAUUGGUUUGAGGAGAUGGGGACUUGUGUGUCCAGAGCUCUGGGGAAGAGAUCCCUCAGGAAGGGAGGCUGCUGAGCUCUAGGCACCUUCCCCGAGGCGUGUGGCCCAGCCUCGGGGUGGGCAGGUGGCUCCCGCCAGCUCCCAGCCCUCAGCCCCUUCUUGGGUUUCGUGCCCCAGACCAGCCUUUCUCAGACUUGCUUAUGUGCAUGUUGCCUUUUUGGGUGCUGGUGAUUGAGGCUUCCUGCUCUGCCCUGCCCUGUUCUGUCCUGCAGGGUCCCCACGUGGGGGCUCAUCCUGGGAACCUGCUUCUAUAAGCCGUGCUCGGCGAGGCCCAGGAGAGACCCCUGCAGUUCCUGUGCUCCCUCUGCAAGGGAUCGGGGGUCUGACUUUUGCUGGGCCGCCCAGGGGAGCUGGUCAGUUCUGGGGGAGGCUGCCUGCACACCACAUGGCCUGCCUGCGAUACCAAAGCCUUGCCCUUCCCCCUUCUGCCUGGUUUCCCCCCCGAGCCCAGCUGCCGUGGAGCAGAGGGCAGAAGCCGCACAUUUAGGCCGAAGGGCUGAGAGUCCAGCUGGGCGACUGGGCGCUCCCUGACCACCACCCAAGUGCUCUAAGCUAGACGGGAAAUCCACCAGGACUCCAUCCCUGAGUAGCUUCUUAAGCCUCUGGGUUCCCUAGAGAGAGGCAUUGUACUGAUAUAUAAAUAUAUAUAAUAUAUAUGUGAGACAUACUGACAGAAUCUGUAAGCUAAUGAAAUAUAAGAAAAGGUUAAAAAAAAAAAGAAUAGGUAAAUUGACAAGAAGUAUUUAUUAUUUCCCCAUCUAGCUUUAUUGCCUCCCUGGCAUAAUCCAGUCCCCAUCCCUCUCUGUACCUAUAAGUGAAGCCUGAAAGGUAGGGGCCUUUAUCCUUGGAGCAAUCAGGGGUCUCCUUGCCCUGGCCUUGGCCUUCCCUAGACUCUGACUAGGGCUCAGCGGGGAGGGGGUGCACGUGUUCCAUCCCCUUCACCCCCCUUAUUUUUGGCAAGCUGGGCCCGGCUGUCAGCUCCCAGAGAUGAGGGCUUAGCAGCCCGCCUCCCUGCAGGCCCGAGCGGGUGUGUGAGCCUGCAGGGGACACGGGUGUGUGUGGUGGGUGUGGGUGACGUGUGCGUCUUGUAUUUUUUUUCUCUUCCAAGAAGCUGUAUCUGUGUGGAUGUUCUGUUUCAGGGAGUUGGAAAGGAGAGCGUCUGAAGAUGGUGGGGAGUAGCCCCCUGCUUCCCAAAGAUUGAAACCUUGUUCUUGGUGACCAAGACUCCCCCAAAGGGCUCUUCCUUCUGAGGCUUUCAAGCCAGACACCGCGGUUUCCCCUCUCUCAUUCCCUACCUAACCCCAACUCUCUUCCCAGACAGAAGAGGAUAUUCCCGCCCACUUCCUUUGUAAAUAUCUUGAUGUCCCACUGGACAGCCCGGGAACUCUCUCCUCCUGGUCUGCAUGGCCGGGAGGAACAUCAGACCCUUCAUGUGAGUCUGGGGUCAGCCUUCACACGUGCUUUCCCACCGCCCACCAGCAGCCCACCCCACUCAGGCCUGAGCCGUGUGUGACUCUGGGAAGGACUCGAGAUGCUGGGGAGCUGAUCGACUCCCCCGACCCAACAUCCUUCUGGAAAGAGUCAGUUUCCGAGAGUGUGGCCUGUCCAGAAGAACGAUCUGUCCAAUCUCCACCGUGGUCUCACCUUUGGGUCAGACACUGCUUGGGAUAACCCUCCCGUGUCUCACAGGUUAGGCCCGUGCACCUAGCACACGUGCGCACACAUACACACACACACAACCACAGCACUGCAGUAUGUUCUUGCCAAAGAUUUCCUUUAAAAGAAAGCACUUUUAAUAAUUAUUGUUGUUAUCGUGUGAAUGUUUAUCCUUGUUUCUCCCCAUCCCUCUCCCCAACCUUUUUUGCUGUUGUUUAUUGUUGAAUCUGUUUGUCAGCCAGGAGAGUGCCGUCUGGUCUUGAAAGUGGGCUGGGGAGUUGGGGAUGGGAAAGGGUCUGGGAGGAGUUGGCAAGAGAGAGCCGGAGGCUGGAGAGGCCUGGUCAGCUCGUGAUGCAGGGAUGCAGACCCCAGGCAAGCUCAGGCCCCAGCCCCAGGCCCAGCCUGUGUCUUGCUGUGCAUCCAGGCCUCUGAGGCAGCCGAGGCCUUACCGUAGCUGCCCUGUACGGUGUCUGGAGGAAACAGGGGGCGGGGAAGUGACAGCCCUCCAAUUCAGCAGGGAGAGAGGCCCAGAAAGGUCCCCGUGGCCCUUCCCAGAUGGAGCGAGAGGGGAGGACUGAGCAUGGGAAUAGUGGAGAGGUGAGCCCAGAGGGGAAAUGGGGAGGAAGGGAACAGUUGGAUGGAGUUCCAGGGCUGAGCGGAUGCCUCUGCCCUGUGAUCGUGGUGCUCUGGCUCCCUCCUCCAGCCAGGUGUUCCAGGGACAGAGACAUUGCGUCCUAGGCUUGGGAAAGGCCCUUUGACCCAGGUCCUCAUCGGAGCCUCUUCCGCAGCAGCUCCAAAUGCUUGCGGACUGCCAGGAUGCGUUCUUCCUUGGCAGGGUUUUGAGGGAUCCCUGGGUGUGUCAGAGACAGGCAGCAUAGGGGUGGGGGGACCUGGUGGCUCUGUGAUCAUGAGAGGGAGCCCAAGGGGCGCGUGUGAUUCUCUGUAAAGGGGCUCCCGAGGGAGAUGAGCCGAACAUCCUUCUGCCCACUCGGGUGAGCCGAGCAGAGGUUGGGCAGGCCCCUGGUGCCACCCAGGGGUCUGUGGACGAGUCUGUAUGUGGAGCAGUGUCCGUAGCCCCCUUCCCUGGGACGUUCGUUCAUCACCCCCGCCUCCCGGGUCUUCUCCCCUGCUUUGGUCUUUCCCAGCUUCAGGAUCUGGAUCUGGGGGGGGAUCAAGGAGGCCGAUGCCCUUUCCGAGGGCUGCCUCCUGCCCCUACAUCUCCCCACCCUUGGGAUCCUUGGAGAGGCUGGGGGCAGAGUCCCGGGGCUACUUUUCACCCGGGUCGAGGCCCCGGAAUCCCGAGACUGGAGUGCCCUGGUCAGUGGUAACACAGAACGUGUGCGCGCGCGUGUGCAAGUGUGGGUGUAUGUGUGUGCGUUUUUUGCUUGUCUCUUUAGGGAACUUAGGAGUCGGGUCGGAGGUGGUUGGCAAUGGGAUGUCAAGUUCACUAUCACCCAGCGGCGGAAGGAAUCAGGAGGCAGGGCUCGUAGGGCCCCUGAUUGGGGGAAUCUCAGUGUCAGUGACGGUGGGAUCAACCACACGGGGUGGCGCUCCUCUGUCCUCAGAUGUUGAAGUGUUGGAGGACCUCUGUUUAUUUCCCACGCUUGGACUUUUCCCAGCUGCGAGGUAAUUGUAGAGGGAUAGCCCACUUUUGUUUCUAACAGUGUUCCACAGCUUGAGACUCUCCUGCGUGUCCACAUGUGGCUCAUGUGUGUGACAGGGCACAUCUGUGCGUGCAUGCUGUGUUUCCCCACCUUUCCCCUCUCUGACAUGUCAUUCAAAACAAAUGUAAGAAACUCCUCACUCCAUCCCCUCCUGCCUCCCAGACCCUAUGCAGGAAAACCCGAAUAACCCAGCAUCCUCCAGAUGCCCUGGCUGUGUAUUUAUAUAGAUGGAAAUAUACUUUCUAUUUUGUAUCAUCGUGCCUAUAAUCUCUGUCACCUUGUAUAAACCCUGAUGUAUGCUACUUACCCUGGAUAUGAAUGUAUUGUACACUGAUGCUGUCCCACUCCUGUACAGCUGCUUUGUUUCUUUGCAAUACAUGGUAUGGCUUUAUAAAUGAUAAAGUGAAAGAAAAAUC